GUUGGUGUGAGACAAUAAUCCAAAACAUACACAACGUUUGCAACUGUAUUCACGCGGUUUUACCACUUUUCUGUAUUAAAAAAGAAAGGAUGCGUACAGUAGAACUUACUGCUAUUUGGAGAGCGAUGGCUAGACGCUAAAUGAUGCCAAAACAGUCGAAUAAUUCCGAAAUUGAACAAUUUGCAAGGAUAGAAGAUGAUUGGGAACAGUUUGAAUGUGAGCAAGUUGAGGGAGGUGCUUCAGUAUGAGCUAAAGAGGGAGACCAAGUACCAGCCAAUUUUCUCCAUACCCCAGCAGGACAAAAAUGCUGUCACAUUGGAAGAAAGAGACAAAAUUGUAUCACAUUUGUUGACACUGAAUAAGCAAUUUGGUUUUCAUCCUGAAUCAUUUGCCUUGGCAGCAAGUAUUCUGGAUAGAUUCUUGUAUCUGGUGAAAGCGCAGAAGAAGUAUUUACCAUGUAUUGUUGUGGCCUGUUACUUUUUGGCUGUCAAAAUAAUUGAAGAGGAGGAGGAUCUCCCAGGCGCAAGUGAACUCUUAGAUGCCAUUGGAUGUUCAUUUUCCGUAUCAGAUCUUCUAAGAAUGGAAAGAAUUAUUUUGGCAAAGCUAGAUUGGGAUCUUAACAGAGUUACAGCAUUGUCAUUCCUUCAAGCAUUUCAUGCCUUGAGUGUUGCCAGUGGCUGUGUAAGUCCACAUGCUGUGCCUCACCACUUACAGUUAUUGACAAACAAACUAGAAUUGCUCCUUUGUCAACAUGAGUUCCUUUCCUACCGUCCUUCAACUUUGGCUUUGGCUCUCAUGAUUCAAGAUCUUAAUUCUUCAUUGAGGCAAUGGAUUCACCUAGUCCAAUCAUUUCAAACUGAGAUUAAGGUGCCAGAGUGGGAGCUUAAUGCAUGCUUUAUAGCUGUGAGUGGUUUCUUAGACAUGGCUUUCUCAUAUGAUGAUGAUUUUGCUGGGGAGUUGGAUUUGAAAAAUGUUGACAAUGAUGAAGACUUAAAACUUUCAGAGGCCGACCACUAUAAGUGUUCAUCCCCUCUAAUCCGUGCCUUAGCUCUGGAAACAAAUUGUUCAUUUGAAUUUGAUGCCAAGAUACCACCUAAUAAUGUGAAAAUUUCAAGGAUGUUAUCAGCUGUUGCCUGAAAUACUCAUUUUAUCACUCUUACCAGCCAACCUAAAUGAAAAAUGUUUUGGAAAUAGUUUUAUCUUAGAAUUUGUGAAUCAUUAGUCUAGUUAACUUUGAUAAUUUUGCUGUACUUUUACUUGUUUCUAUGUGUGAAAAAAGGGAGAAAUGUAUAAAAAUCUGUAAAAAAAUUGUAAAAAAUGUAAGAAAAAAAUGUGAAAACUAAAGCCUUAAAAAUAGCAUUUUAAUGUAAAUAGCAAAAUAGUACAGAAUUGAAUAGAUUUGUACUCUGUAGUAGUUAUGUAUAAUAAUGUAUAUUUAAACUUUUUACAUAUAUGUAAGUUAAAAAUUGUCAGGACUAACUUUAUGUAAGAGUCUGAGACGUAAUUGGUGUGAUACCAAUUUUAGAGGGUACUAAUGUAGUUGGCAGGAUGGAGUGAGAAUAAACGUAAUUUGAACGGUUCAUGUCUGUGUGCAAUUGCUGU